AGACCGAUUCUACAUAUGCCCCCUCCUCCUUUCUGACAAACCUUUCUGUUUGUCGUUCUGCUAAAGAUGGCGCCAGUGCUAAUCUGAGGCGAUUGCGCUUUGUUGCGCACAGGAAAAUUGACGUGAGUAGGAUGAAAGGUUAAUAAAGCCUUCUUACUCUUCAUCGAAACACCAAAAUACACCCAAAUAGAGUACUCUUAGGCAGCAUUGUCUGUGCUUUAUUCUUUGUGGCCUACCUUUCGUGGCGUAGGCCUUAAUGAAAUAUGUCGCACUCUGAAAAGACUCUAUUUCCCAGAAGUCAUUGCUCGGAUGUUGCGCUAGCUCUGAUUGGUGAACAUGGACAAGAAAUAAAAAAAAGUUCAAAAGUUUCAACCAGCACUCCAGAGGUCCCAGAAUCCUCACUCACCUGGUGUUUGACUCAGUUGUCCAAAGCAAGUACACUGACAGAUAGUGGACUGACUGAAGCUGGAAAUAAACCCGUCAAUGCAGGAGAGAAAUCCAGAGAUGCAGACAAGAGACUUAGAGCUUGCCAAUGGAGAGCGCUGGUGGCCAUUCGGACCCAGCACAUCAAAGGAGGAGGCAGUAGGAUAGCACGGUACCGAGCACGAGGAGGACUGCCACCUUUGCUGGAUCUCCUCAGACGACCAGAAAGCUCCAGAAAGUUACUGGACCUGGCACUAAGCAUCCUGGCCAAUUGCUGUACUGAGAAAGGGACAAGAACAGAAGUACGGAAGCUUGAUGGUGUAUCUGCUGUUGUUGAUGUUCUCAAGAGGAAUGCAUCUGUGGAUACGGUGCAAAAUCGAGCUGCAAGAGCUCUGGGAAAUCUCGCCAUGGACCCAGAGGGUUCAGCUGAGGUCCAUUCUGCAGGUGGUGUUCCACUUCUCCUUCUCUGUCUAUCUCCACCCCCGUCCUCUCCCUCGUCCCUGACUCCAACACCUGAGCUCUCCGCUCCAAAACUGGAAUGUGCCCAGUCUGCUGCCCGAGCACUUGUCUACCUUUCAGACGCGCCUGCCAACCGACAUCUGCUGCUUUCACAAGGAGCUCUACCUGCUCUUGCUUCAUUCAUUGCUCCAGAAUACCCUUUAGUACUACAGCGGGCUUCUCUUCGUGCCCUUCAUGAGCUUACCAGAGGCUGCAGUGCAGAGUGUGCCAGGGAGAUGUCAAGGUCUGGGGCAAUGACACAGUUGGGUGUCCUUGCCUCAGGGGAAGACAGUCAGCCGUUGGAAGAAUUAGCUCUGAAGACUCUGGCAAACUUGUGCUCCCAAGGCUGCUUGAGGCCACUGAUUGGUUCACUGGGUGUCAUUCAGAAGUUUGCAGAGGAAGUGAAGACGGAUCCUCUUAAGUCGGGUGGGUUUUUCAAGGCCCUGUGUUUGUGCUGCAAAGAGGCUGUGAACAGGGUCAAAGUUAAAGAGAGCGGGGGUCUGGAGGUGCUCAUUGGCUUUUUAUCUGCCCAUCAGAAUCAUCCGCUCACGCGAUUUGCUUUUUUAGCAUGUGUUGACUUUGUCUAUGAUGAAUCAGCCCUUGAACAACUGCAGGAACUGGGGUUGGUGCCUCUGCUGAUCAAGCGGUUGGUGGAACUUUCUAAAGAAGAGGAACUGACUGCUGGAAAGAUGGACGCUAACCUGUCUUGUUCUCCGAGCUCUGAACUGAUGACCUCAUGUUUUGACUCAUUUGACUUUUCACCCUUUGAGGGGAACAAGAGAGAUGAUGUGAGCAAAGACCAGACAUCAGGAUCUUCCAGCUUUCUCAGCCUCAGAUCCUGGCUGGUUUCUGAAGGUCUGAUCUCCUCUGAAGGAGAGCUGUCUGAAUCACCAAGUGGAAGUGAUGUUGUUGGUGGCAGCCCUCAAUCCGCUCUCUCGCCUUCACUACUUACGCCUUCCUCUGAGCUCCCCGAAACGCAAACCUUGCGUCAGCCCCACUUGUCUCCCCCCUCCCGCUCUAAAUCCAACCGUCUCUCUUCACCCUCUUCUUCAACUCCUGUAUCUCCUCAUACCAUACGGCUGAGAAACCUACCUGCAUCACCAUCCUCUCCACACCCUUCCUGUACCUCCACCCCUCAGCCUGAGCAUCCAAUAAUAAAACUUUCCACAACCCCCUCAUCUCCCGUCCCGAUCUCCUCUCCUCCCAGAAAGAGAUUUCGUGCAUCUUCAUCCUCUUCUACGUCUUCACGCUAUAGCCUUGUGGCCCUGGACAGUCCCCCUAUGCUGUCUAAAACCCAAAUGUGCCAUCAUCCAUAUCACCCUGAGCCCUGGGCCCCAGAGUCCCCCAUUCUUAUGCUUCUGUCACGCUUCUCACAUGCUUCAGACCCUAGCACAUCACUCAUCAACGCAAACGUGUUUUCGGGGCUGUUGUUGUACCUCACCCAGCACCAUGACCCCAGCGGGCGAUGCUAUCGGAUGCUAGGCAGGCUCAGCUGUAACCCAAACUGCUUGCAGGCUCUGGUUAGAACUGGAGCUGUUGCUUUGAUCAGACAGAGACUGUGUGUGAGAGGACAAGAGACUGGAAACAAACAGUCAGAAAAAGUAAAAGCCAGAAUUACACAACUAGGUUUGGGUCUGCUCUGUAAUCUGAAGGUUCAGAGUGAGUCUGGCUUUGGCUCUGGAGUUCUUACUCAUAUCAUGCUGUCAGGUUCAAAAUCUGACAAGUUGUAUUGUGUUCUUUCUCUGCCUCUGAUUAUCAGCAACAGAGUUAUUUUAAAGAAGCUGCUGUUGGACAAUGGAGGGCUGGCAGCAGCUCUUGAUCUGAUUGGCUGUCACAGUCAAGAUGAUGAUCAAGAUGAUGAUGGACUGUCUGAUAAGUACAAAUCAUUUCUUGCUGCUUGGUUAUAUCCUGUUGAGCAAGUGUCCUCUUUCAGACUCAGUUUCUUGUACUUCUCCCUCCUGAUUGGCUGCCUCUCCAGUCUUUUGUCAAGGUCCAAGGAGGACAGCAAUAAUUGUAGCAUAGAUUGUGGGACCGCCUCAAGCCCAAUGAAAACAACCCAAGUUCUGGACAGAAACUCUUAUAAUUGUUCCCAACCACCACAGAACCGAUUGUGUCCGUACCAGGAGGCAACACAUGACCUAAACUUCCUUCUUGAUGAUGGAACCCUUGUUCCAGCCAAUCAUCAGGCUGUUGCUGGGGAAGAAGGAGCAAAAGAGGUUGUGUCUGACUAUUUCAGAGCCCUGUUGACGGGAGGAUUCGGGGAGGCCCAGAAAGCUAAAGGUGAGGCCAUUUGUAUCAAGGAUGUUAACAGUGGGAUGCUUUUACCAGUUUUGCACUACCUGCAUGGAUGUCGGUUGACUGAUGGAAUUGGAGGCCAGAGCACAGAAGAGUCAAAGCAAGAUGCAAAUUGUCCUCUUUUGGGAUCUCUUGGCUCUGUUGGGUUGGGUAGGCUAGAGGAUGAAAUUGAGUCAAGCUUUCAAACAACCCCACUUGCCAAAGUGAUGAUUGGUGCUUGUAGGUUUUUAGUACCAUGUUUACAAAUGGCAGCUGAGGACUUGUGUGUUGGCCUUCUUUCAUCGGCAGUGUCAUCUGUCCUAAAAAGUCGGACCAGAUGUUGCUCUUCUGAUGAUAUCAGUACAGAUGUGGAUUUGGCUUGCAAAGUCCCAGCACACCCAGUACUAAAAAGGUCUCAGUUGUCUAAAAUUAAAGCAACGGUGGCCCAGCCAACAGUGCCAAGGUCUUUGUUGAAACGUUGUAAACAACAUCCCAAAGCCUCUAAACGGGUUGAAAAAUCAAAUUCAUCUUCCUCUUUGGACAAUGACACUGAAGGAGCUUGGCUCAAGUCUCUUUUGCCCCAGGUGUACUGGUUCUCACAGCGCUACUCGUACCUGCGACUGGGCCAAGCAUCUCUCUCCAUGCUGCUGCGGCCUCAGGGGUCCCACCCUGCUGCUCUUCAUCCCUCUCUUUCUGCUGACUGCUUCCUGCGGUUAGCUCAAGAGGCAGAUUGUACUGAAGCACUUAGACAGGACAUCUUAAACCUUGUCAAAACAGCCCUCAGCUAAACAUGCUAACAGUAAAAAUUGGAAAAUUUAGAAAACUAUAGAAAGGGAAAUACUGGGUUUUUGGUGAAUUGUUGUUGAAUUUUUUCCCUUCUUAUUAAAAUGUAUUUAAAAUAUAUCUUAUAACAUACUCUAAAUAUUUGGAUCUCUGUAAUCCUGAAUAUUUUUAUGCUAAUUUCCCGCAAGAAAUUGUGUUUGUAUAUGAAGUAGAAUGACCAACUGUAAGUACCUUUAUUUUAUACAUAUUGUAUUUUGUGUUAAUUUGCCGUCAAUUCUUUCAUCUUUCUUUUGCCAAAAAAGGGGAUUGAUGCUAAAGCUACGCCACAUUUUGUUAGAGUCUAACUAGAUAUAGAUAUCUAGAUAUAGUAUGCGGUUUUUUUUUUUUUGUACAGUAUGUUAUGUGAAUAAGAUGUCAGUGACAGAGCUGUUUAUGUUAGAUAUAUUUUUCUUCUUGUACAUGGCUCUAUACAGUUCAUUUUUCAGAAAAUAAAUGAGCUC